UAUACAUGUGCACAGCGAGUGCUGUUAGUGAAGCACUCUGGUACAGCGCUUCUUGAGGGGAGAAAUCUACCACACAACAAUACAAGCAACUUUCCCCUUGCUUCUUAUCUCACUAACCACCACAGGAAUUGCACAUUACUUUUUCAGAACUUUCAAGCUUUCCAAAACCAGUCGUGGCACAGUCUACUAGAGUUGCCUCGUGCAUUCAAGGAUCCUGGUUGGUCCUCCAUGAGAGAGCUACUGCGACAGAAAACCUACGAAAAGGAGAUGUCUGCAACCAUCUUGUCCGCCUUCUACGACAUCGACAUGCUUUACAAGCAAGAAAAAAGCCUUAAUAUGAACGCAAUUCAUAUCAACAGCAUGCUGGACAAAAAAGCUGUGGGAGCUCCAGUAACAACUAGCUCUAACAGUUGUCCUUUUGCGCCGGGAUUUUUCCGUAGAAACUCGACCAGCAACCUGGAGUUGAUGACCAACAGUAACAAAUACUCAGUCAACUCCUACAGCAAUCUAAAGGAGAAUUUGUCAAGCAGCAACACCGCCACUGCUCUCAUGAACAAGGAAAACAAGUUUCGCGACCGUGCAUACAGCGAGAACGGAGACCGUAGCAUGGACCGCAGCCAGCAGCUGCAAGUUCUUCAGCAGAAGCAGGGUUCUCAAAUCAACUCCACCCGCUACAAGACCGAACUCUGCAGGCCCUUCGAAGAGAACGGAGCUUGCAAAUACGGAGAAAAGUGCCAGUUUGCGCACGGCUACCACGAGCUGAGGAGUUUGUCACGUCACCCCAAGUAUAAAACCGAGCCAUGCCGCACGUUCCACACCAUCGGAUUCUGCCCUUACGGUCCCCGCUGUCAUUUUAUCCACAAUGCUGACGAGCGCAGACCAGCUCCAAGCAACGCCAACAUGCAAGGCGAGCCCAAAUCAGCCCGCGAGCUUUGCGGCUUUGGUCAAAGGGAGGUCGUGCCUCUGCAUGCUGGGUUCAACCAGAGGGAUAGACCAAAGCUCCACCACAGUCUGAGUUUUUCCGGCUUUUCUAGUCACCACGGACUUGAGUCGCCCCUGCUCGAGAGUCCAACUUCGCGCACCCCUCCACCACCCUCCUCCACCUCCUCUUGCUCUCCUAAUUUUUACGAGGACGUUCUGUCACCAAACUCCAUGUCCUGUGUGAACAGUGCAUUCUCUUUCCCCAGUCAGGACCUUAAAGCCUUACUCGCCCCUCUGGCUGUGCACACCCAAAACGGUUAUGCCAACCAGUCCAACGGUGCCUACUACGGAAACAUGUGCCCCUCCUCCCCCCCCACCUACAACAUGAGCCACUUGCAGUCCCUGCGCCGCCUCUCCGAGUCGCCGGUGUUCGACUCUCCCCCUAGCCCACCAGACUCUCUCUCAGACCGAGAUAGCUAUGCUAGCGGCUCGCUCAGCUCCUCUGGGAGUCUCAGCGGUUCCGAGUCUCCAAGUUUGGAUGCUGGCAAACGUUUGCCAAUCUUCAGCAGGCUGUCGAUUUCAGAUGACUAAACAUCCUUUUUGUAAUGUUAUUUUCAAUGGAUGAAAAUAUCCUUGACAUGGCAUUAGUUUUUUUUUCUGUCUGUGUAAUGAUAGAUGCAUAAUAGUAGAUAUCAACAGAAGGCAUUCCAUCGAUGACUUGCCUAAUGAGCUGCAAUGGCAGUGUUUGGUUUGAGGCAAGCCACACUUUCCUGGGAUACAUGUAUAACAAGACUUGACGAGAAGAGACUGUAAGCGGUUUCAGAUUUCCUCCACCCUGCCAAGAAUAUGCCUUGACACAAAGUAACAUUUUUCAAGUUGUGUUCCUUUCUCAAAACUUUUAACUUCCAUUCCAGAACUUUUACUCUGUUUCACAGCGCCACACAGUGGUUUGUUUGGUUAGUGUAGUUUGUUGCUUCGUUAAAAGCACUCUUGAGUUCGGUUUGUUUGGGGAAAUCACUGCUGAUGGUUGAAUAUAUAUUUUUUUAGCUGUUUUGAGUGAUUACAUAGCGGUGCGUAUCUGGCUAUGGACUAUUUAACUUAUUUAUUAUCUUGUGAACUAUAGGCUACAUUGGUAAUUUGUGUCCAUACUGUAUUUAUCAAGUAUGAUGAAGCAAUAGAUCUAUAUUCUUUUAUGUUUAAAUUAUGAUCGCCAUUAUUAAUCUGCAUAAAGUGGAGUGUAUGUUCUUUUCACAGUAAUAUAUAUAUUUUGUUUUGGUCUCCUUUUGUAACUUCACUUGGUUAUUUUUAUUGUAAAUGAGUAAAAAGAUCUUAAUUUAAGAGAACGUAUGUGAUAUUUAUUUCAUUAAUUUUGUUUCCUUGUUUACGUUUUAUUAAAAAAAGUUUGCGUGAUUGCUGUUUGUUCCGAGGUUGCUUGUCAGUGCUGUGGAAGACAUUUUUGAGAAUCCCUAUAUAGAUAUUUCUGUAGAAUGUAUAAACAAUGUGGAUGUGCAAACCGUCCAAACCUGAGCUCGCCUUACAAUUUUUUAUAUAUAGAUUCAGACUUCAGUGACAAAGAACCCAAGUAAAUAAAUUAACCAAAAAGUAUUUUUGUUUUCUGUUUGCAUGAGGUCACACUGUGAUUCCAGCCACGUGCUAAAGAAUGUAGCAAUCCCUUGUGCCCCAGUGUUAUUGUGUAGUGCCUACAGGGGGUCACCAUCUUUACAUGCCUUAAGAUUAACCAAAUAAAGUAUUUUCCUACAUGUA